AUGGCAGCAUAUUCGUCUGAGCAAGAAAGAAAUGAGUACCAUCGCAUAUUCUUUAAGGUUUUUAACAAACGACUAAAAUAUGUGCUCAAUAUUAAUAUAAUCUUGUCAAUCUUGAUGACAGUGGUUUUAGAUGUGCCAUUCUACAUUAAUCAUUUAUUAUCAUCGGGUCUCCUUUUAUCAAUUGUCCUCAAGGUUCCUGUCUACUUUUUGGCUUUGACCUUGAUAAGGCAAGUUCGAAUCAAGUUUUCCACAGUCAACUACUCAAGUCAAAAGACACUUGCGCUGCAGAUUUAUCACUCACUAGUAUCGAAUGAAUUCCUUCAGGUGUCAUCGUUUCACGUAUUAUCAGCCUUUUUUGUCUAUGGCGUUUUCAUUUUUAAUUUGCCAUUCACUUUUGACUACUAUUUAAUCUCAAAAGAAUACAGGAAGAAUCCUUUAUUGAAUGAUGAGUGGGUCUACUACUGGGCGUGUCCAGUAAUCAUAGGGGGAAUGUAUUCAGCUAACCAACUCGUGUUUCAAAGAAACAAGUUAACGUUUGAGUAUGGCCAUAACAGGAGUAGUCCUGAAAAUACGUUAUUUACACACAUACCUCAGGCUUUGGGCAAUGCAUUAGGGUUGACAAUCAUAUUGACCAUAGCGAGUCCGAUAAUUUACUGGACAACCAAAUCCUACUUGUACAAGUCAUUAAUCUGGCUCAGAUUAUUUGGUAUAGAUAAUUCGUUACCAAGCAGUAACACUUCACUUCCCACUUUCCUCAAAUUGACUUUGAUUACAUAUGUGUUGCUUUUGAAUUGGGAGCUUGAAAAUCACAUAUUUAAUGUGUAUGCAACAAUUGGAUGUCUUGAUGGUAAGAAGACUAUUUCCUCGUAUAGCAAAGACCCGUUGAAUUGCUUAUUGAAGGGUUUGCGUGAUGUGACACCCAGUCAUGAAUUGAGCAGGCUAACUGCAUUUCAGGAAUUGGCAUAUAUUGCUACCACAAAUGACAAAGAAGGGUUGAAGUUACGAUUGGCUAUAUUUAGCGCAAGAUCAAAGAAAGAGAAUUUGUGGCCUGCGUUGUACGAAGAAUGCUCGUUGGUUAUUAGAGAAGUUAGUGUGCGGAUCAACAAGAGGAGUGCCCGCGAUAUGAAAGCUUUGAGAAAUUGGCAAAAGUCGUUGGAGAAAGAAAUUGAUACCGGGUUUAAAAGGAAAAAAGAUGGGAAUAUUUUCGGGAACUCAUUUUCUCAACCUUCGAUGGUUGAAGGAAGUAAGGUUGUAGAUAAGGACAAGCCUGUGAAUGAUGGCAAAUGGGUUACCUAUAUACGCAAUGAAGUCGCAGCUCCCAUAUUAAAGCUUGUGUCUCUUUACUUGCCUCAACAUAUGUCAAGCUCCUUUAAAUCUCAUAUCGAGCAGUUUAGAACCAUUGAGGGCAGGAAGAUUGAUGCUGCUGCGUCUGAUAUCAAACGGCAUAUUUUGGAAUCAAAAUUUGGUGUUCUCUUUCGUGUUACAUUGAAACGGGAUUGUGAGUCAAGGGUAAGAAAUCCUGUUAAUUUCGGAAACGCGAUUAUCGCUAUAUCCAAUAUUAUUCAACGCUCGGUGAUGGAAGAUUCAUUGAAUAUUGUCACAAUAGCCGACAUAAGCGACACUAUAAACUUGUUGGAAAGGUCGAUCCGAGCAUCGACCAAUUAUAGGGAUUACUUGCCCGCAUCGAUGUAUGUUGGAGCAAACAAGCCGAAAUCUCACAUGAUAGCCAACUUGAAUAUCCUUGAGUAUCAUGAGUUUUACAAUAUAUGCAUUCAAUUCAACGGUUUGUUGGAUGAGCUUAAUUUGAGUUCGAAAGCGUAUGAGCUAGCCAAAUGGGUUAUUGACAUUGCCAUCGCUGAUAAAGAGCAGCAUCAGCUGAAUAGGGUUGUCUACUGA